AGAGAGCGAGAGAGAGAGAGAGCGAGAGAGAGAGGGAGAGAGAGAGAGAGAGAGAGAGAGAGGGGACGGCAGACUGGACGGGGAGACUGUCGGAGCGGGACUUGUACCGGGGGUUUCGGGGAGAUGCUGUCCCCACCGAGGAGAUGGAUCAGAGAGCAGCCUCUGAGCUCUGUAACCUCGUGUAUAAGGAGAGGGCUAUGCAGCAGGCGUCAUUCUCUGUGGAUACUGCUCGUCCUGCUUGUCGUCUGCAUUGCCAUUCAGACCUUUGUCGCUCGCCAGGCCAGGACUUCUUCCAGGAGUGACAAGCUGACGGAACUACCACAUCUAAGAUUCACUGUCAACAAACAGCACCUGUUUCCUACUCGGCAAAAUCACUGGGAAGGCCUUCAUUCUGAAUCUUCACUGGCAGUAAAGCAGAAUGUAAGGGUGCUACAGACAGAAAGACCUUCAGAUCUUCAUCAUCAGAAUGGAGGAUAUGGAAAGCCAUCACAUGAUGUUUUGUUGAGACAUGUGGAUAAAAUCAGGAACCUUGCUACAGCCUCUCAAAUAGAGGCAAGAAGAGUUUCACCUGGAAAGAUGCUUCUACUAAAACAUGGAAACAAGCCUGGCCUCGGACAUCCAGGGUCUUUGUCCCUCCAUAGCACUAGGAAAGGUUUAACUGUAGGCACAGACAAAAGGCUCAUCAACACUCCCAUUCCAACCAGUUUUUUAAAGGCUCACAUCAACAGUAUCCACAGUAAAGCAACCUGCCACCCAAAGUCUCACAUUGUUUUCCUCAAGACACACAAAACAGCCAGCAGCACCAUCUUAAACAUCCUCUAUCGCUAUGGUGAAAGCAGGAACUUGACCUUUGCCCUCCCCCUGAACAAACACAGCCAGUUGUUUUACCCAUUCUUUUUUGCAUCACAUUUCGUGGAAGGAGUCAGCAGCAGAAGUGUGAAGGAGUUCCACAUCAUGUGCAACCACAUGAGGUUUAGAAAAUCUGAGGUGGCAAAAGUUAUGCCUGAAGAUACCUUCUACUUUUCCAUCCUAAGGCACCCUGUGGCCAUGAUGGAGUCCAUCUUUAUUUACUACAAGAGCAUCCCAGCCUUCCACAAGACUCACAGCUUGGACGACUUCCUAGACAACAGCUGGAGAAACUACAAUUCAUCAGUGACCAACAACCACUAUGCACAUAAUAUCCUGGCCUUUGACUUUGGCUUUGACAACAAUGUUGCAGCUGAUGCUGAGGACUUAGAGGAGAGAGCCAGCAUCGCUAUUGCAGCCAUUGAACAGGACUUCCACCUUAUUCUUAUUUCUGAAUACUUUGAUGAGUCCAUGAUCUUGCUCAAACAUGCCCUAUGCUGGUCCCUGGAAAAUGUGGUCUCCUUUAAGCUCAACAGUCGAAGUGAACGAACUCGUCACCCACUUUUACCAAACACUGCAGAGAAAAUCAAGAAGUGGAAUGCUUUGGACUGGAGGAUCUACCUACACUUUAACACAACCUUCUGGUACAAAGUGGAUAGUCUGGUUGGUCAAGAACAGAUGAGGAAGGAAGUAUCUCAGUUAAGAGAGCUACAAGUCAAACUAGCAAACACAUGCUUGAAAGAUGGCGGGGCAGUCGACCCAUCCCAGAUAAAAGAUGCCGGGCUAAAGCCAUUCCAGUAUGGAGCAGCUGUCAUUCAGGGCUAUAACCUAAACCCACACAUAGACAGAGAGACCAAAGCAAAAUGUGAGAGACUUAUAACUCCAGAACUGCAGUACACAGACCGUAUGUACACUCAGCAGUUCCCUGAGCUAGCUGCUAAGCAUAGACAAGCAACAAGGAUGGUUCAUCCUCAGCGUCAACGCUCAGACAGAACUGGUAUGAUGGGAAUGGUCUGGGCCAGGGAAUCCCAUCAUAGACAGUUCAUAAGACACAAAUUCUCAAAUCUUAAGAACCAAAAGGCUUCCACAAGUGUCCUGUUAACACAUACAGAAGGUAACAACAAAACAAAUAUGUCAUGAGUGGCAACUGUGAAAGACAUGGGAUGAUCAUGUUCACACUGUGAGGUAUGAAAGCAGCUCUUAUCUAAUGCUCAUUUCCUACACAGUAUAAUUUGAAAACUAAAGUGCAAAGCAGCUGAGGGUCUCCUAAUGAGAUGGCAGUGAGAUUUACAAGCCACAAAAUGAAAGUGCUCAGAUGGAACCAACAACAUACUUUUGCUGUUCUGUUUUGUGGCAGUCAGCCAAUGAUGGCUCCUCUGUGGAGUGGAAAAUAUGGUGGUUACAAAAAUCAAGGUGACAAAAGUCAAGGUGACAAAUGUUAGAAUAAUGAUUCAUACGGGCAGUAGGCCUCUAUGGUUAAGGGUUGGUUAAAUUUAAACCUAAUAAACAGUUGUGAUUAUGGUUAUAAGAAACCAAAGUUUACUGCUUUUAGGAAGUGGGAUCCAAGCAGUUUCAUAUGACCACUAGAGGUUGCUUGACAAGAAGACAUAAAUAAAUUGUUUUAAGUGUUUGACCCAGUGACAACUACUGUUGUUCUAAUGAGGAAAGUCUCCAUUAUGAAUAGAAAGUUGACCAUUAAAGUGAAUCUUGAUAUGGGCCAAAGUGUUCAUCAACAUUUCAUAUUGAACACCAAGUUGCUGGUUUAUUAGGCACACUCAGCUACAACUAAACCAACAGCAAUAUCUCAUAUGUAUGAGACUUAUCGUAUUCAGUUUUGUUGACACAGUCAGAGAGACGUUGAUUGGGCUCUCAUGGUUAAGGCUACAGUAAGCAUUAUUAUAGUCACUACAGUUGGUGUUAAACUGUAUUGAAAGGUCUUGCAAAAGACAUAAACCAUUGUAUAAGGACCAAUCUCAUGUCUGUGUGUUAUUUACUGAGUUGGGGUCAAGAUAUGGUUAGCCUAGCUUAGCAUAGACAGGAGGCAGGGGGAAACAGUUAGCAUGUUCAUUAGCAAGCUUUAGAGAUAGCUGUAGCUGAUAGCUGUCGACUGUAUUUUAGACACAACCAGGCUAGCUGUUUUCUCCUGCUUCCAGUUUUUAACUUUAUCUAUGCUAACAACACCCUACCAGUGCCACACUUAACACACAGACAUCAUACCUUCUUCACUGAGCUCAAGGAAAGAAAGUGAAUCAGCAUACUUUCCAAAGUUUCCAAAGUUGACCCAUUAUAUUAAAAGAAUUUAGAAAUAUAAACAGGCUCAAAAGGUUAAGGAACCAUAAUCUGUUAGAAUACUUCUUUUCCAUGUUAUCUGCAUCUGUCUGUCUGUGAUUUCUUAUUUAUUAAUACUUACCUGAUAUUUGUUUCUGAGAACUUAGGAUAUGAAGAGUUUCUGUCUCUACUCCGUCUCCAUUAAUCUGUUCAGUGAUUUCCCUAUGCCGUUUCUUAAAUGAAGCUUUUUGUCAGGACGAUGAUGUAGAGCAUACUGUUUUCAUACUAUUUUAUUGAAGAAUGUUAUGUUAGUGGAGAUGACUUCAAAGAAACAUCUUGGCUUAGACUUUCAAGAACAGAUGUUGCGCUUUUGAUGUUCUAUUUUUCAUAUGAGGUAAGUGGUAGGGUUACUAUAGAAUCACGCAGCAGAGGAAGAAUCCUCCCUUCUUUUAUUAGAGAGGUAUUAUUAUAUACAGUGUUUUCAUUCUUAAAAUAUUAAAUGAUAAGUAUUUCAUUUAAUUGAAUUAAAGUCUUCAGUUAAGUUUUGAAAAUCAAGUAAAGUGUGAUCAAAACAACACACAUGAAUGAUGUUCAAGAGAGGGCAUUAAAUGAUUUAUGAUGAUCUUAAUGACUUCUGUAAACAUAUAUGUUAUAUUUUCUUUUUUGAACUGUUAUGAGGAAUAUUAACUGCAAUAAUGACAAUGAGCACAGAUUUGAGUUGCUGUGGGUUGAGUAUAGGUCUGCAUAGUUAUCUCAGUCCCUGUCUUUUUUACAGGUCCACAUUUCGAGACCUGUAGCCUGUUGCACCAGUUAAGCCUAAAUUUGGGUGUAAAUUUUAGCACUAACUGUUGCAUUGUAACUAGUUAGCUUCACAAUAAACUCACCGUUUUGUGUGGUUACACCAUUGAUAAGAGUGCUGCAUUUUAACUAAAUCAUCUAUAUUCAAAACAUUGUCACAGAGUGAUGCCUCAUUCAGUGCAGACAGACAGGCUAAAUAUUGAUGAAAAGUAAGAGACCUACAUUGGAUGGUUUUACUAAUAAAGACAAAGUAAUAUAUGCUAUGACAUGUAAACAACUUGCUAACAUGAUACAUGUUUCUCCAUCUAGAAUACAACAGCCACUGAGAUAUACCUCAGGUAAGAUGAGGAUGCUGGUACCACUCAUAAAAAUGGACUUAUAUAUUGAAAUUGUCAAAACCCCAUCUUCACCUCCAAACUUCUAACUUAGCAUUAAACAUUCAGUGUAACAGUUCUGCCAGAUGCAACCAUGUGGUGCCAGCGGCAUUCACCAUUUCAAAUGAAUAAAGUCUUUCUCAUGUUCUUGUCUGUUCCAGACCGUGGUAAUUAUACAACCCAAUCCCAACAAUGCACAACAGUAUGAUUAUAAAUGUAAAGGGAUAUAGUCUUUCGUGGACAAUGUAGUCACAGUGUAACCCAAAUAUCAAGAAACCUUUCCUCCCACUCUUAUCUUUCUAACUCUUUAUUUAAUCAAUUCCUUCAUAAGGAAUAACUUGUACCUGCUCAGGUUAGUUGUGAACUUUAAGUUAAACAUGUGUCUUAAUUUACACUGGAAAAACACAAUGCAACCUGUUUUGCUGAGUUGUAAGAGUACUGCCACACUAAGUUCAAACUACGCUAACUUCAAACUUUACACUAAGCUGGUGCAGCAGGCUGCAGUUCUCAAUGUCAGUCAGCUCCUAUCAACUCGUUCAUUUGGAAAAUGAUCAUGUGACCUCACAUAGUAGGGGUUCAAGUGGUCAUAGGUCACUGGUUAGUUGUAAAUUGAUGAACUGCCAAUUUGUGUCCCAGUCUACACUCAUACACACAUAACCCAUAAGUGAAAACAUGUGUUUAGAGAUUCCAGCUGACAUUGGGUGAGAGGCACGGUGCACCCUAGACAGAUUGCCAGUCUGUGGCAGGGCAUUUUUAAUAUAUAGUUUAUAUUUUGCACUUUUAUUCAGAUCCUUAAUUCAGUGCUUUGUAGAAGCCUCUUUGGCACUGGUUUCAGCUUCUAGUGUCCUUGGGUACAGUGCAUUUAGAAAGUAUUCAGACCCCUUUACUUUUUUCACAUUUUUAAUGUUACAGCCUCAUGGUAAAAUAUAUAUAUAUAUAUAUAUAUAUAUAUAUAUAUAAACAUCUGCCUACAAUCAUUUCUGCAUAGUGACAAAGUGAAAACAGAAUUUUAGAAAUGUUUACAAAUGUAUUAAAAAGGGGGAAAAACUGUAGUAUCACAUGGGUAUGAGUAUUCAGACCCUUUACUAUGACAAAUUUAGCUCAUGUUCAUCCCGUUACUCUAGAUCACCUGAGAGAUGUUUCACCUUGACUGUAGUCCACCUGUGAUAAAUUUAAUUGGUUGGACAUAAUUUGGAAAUGCACACACCUGUCAAUAUAAGGUCUCACAGCUGGCAAUGUAUUUUAGAGCAAAGAGCGGAGAGAUUGUUGAUUGAUUGUUGGGUUCUUGGUCAUCUCCCUGAACAAGACCCUUCUUUCCUGGUUCGUCAGUUUGAUUGGAUGGCCAACUCUAGGAAGAGUCCUGGUUCCAAACUUCCUCCAUUUCACAGCUAGUGAGGCUACUGAGCUCCUGGGGACACUCAGAGCUUUACAAAUAGUUAUAUAACAUUGUCCUAAUCUAUGCCUCAACAUAAUUUUAUCACAGAGGCCUACAGAGAGUUCACUGGACUUCAUGCCUUGGUUUUUGUCCUGUCAUGCAGAGUGAACUACAGAACCUUACAAACAGGUGUGUAUCACUCAAACUAUGUCAGUCCAAUUCAGUUUGCCACUGGUGGAACCUAAUUGAGUUCUAGACACAUCUUGGGGAUAAUUAAGGCAAACAGGAUGCAUCUGAGCACAAAUUUCAAUUUUUGAUUUUUAAUAGAUCUGCCAAAAAACUAAAAAUAUGUUUUCACUUUUUUUAUUAUGGGUUUUUGGGGAUUGGGGGAAAUGACAAAUUUAUCAAUUGGCACAGAAAUUUACCAGGUGACAAAAUGUUCAAUUGAAAGCCAUGAAACAUGUUCACAUUCACAUUCAUGGUUUUUAAGUGCAACUUCCAUGUGAUAAACCCAGGCAUGUUAAUUAAAGCCCACACGGAGCACCUGAAUGCACCAUUAGUUUGGUCUCUGUGAGACUAGGUGCACAUCCUGGUGAUGUACAGAUGAAUCCUCUGUAAAGAUGUUCAGGCCACCAGCUGUCAGACCUCUGAGGGACACAUUCUCAUAGAGUCCUUCCAAGAAGGGGCAGCCUGGUGUGGGACACAGCUCCACAUUUUGAGCUGAUACAUUAAGAGUGAAUAUUAUUUUUGUGGUCUAUUAUUUUGGUAGUCUGUAUUUCAUUUCACUUCUUGGUUUUGUUUCUACCUGUGCAGAAUAAAUUACUGAACCUGA